AUGGAGAGAAUCACAUUCAUGUCUCUUCUGCUCACAGCCGUGCUCAGUUCGUCUGCAGGAGCUCCGCGUCAGUAUCACUUUGUGAAUCAGAUGAAGAGCUGGACUGAAGCUCAGAGUUACUGCAGAGAGAAAUACACAGAUCUGGUCACUAUCAAUGACAUACAAGAACAGAAGGACAUUGAACAGGCCAUAAAGAGUAGCUCUGAUCGUGUCUGGAUUGGGCUGAAGAGCACAGACUCAUGGAUAUGGUCUCUGAGUGACCCUGCCUUCUACACAGCACAUGAGACUCAGUAUAGGAACUGGGACAAAUCUACAAAACAACCACAACCAGAAGAAGAUGGAGACUGUGUUUUUAUGGAUUGUGGGAAUGGACAGAAUUCCAGUAAAGGAUUCGUCCCUGGACAGGAGAAAAAGAACUGGACUGAAGCUCAGAAAUACUGCAGAGAGUAUCACACAGAUCUGGCCAGCGUGAGGAAUCAGAGUGAGAAUGAACAGAUUCAGAGCAUCACAGCAGAUAAACAAGUCUGGAUCGGUCUGCACAGACUCUGGGUUUGGUCAGAUAACAGCACCGCCGCAUUCACACACUGGAAACCUGGUGAACCCAGUAUCGGAACAAACAGAAACAGCAUCUGCACAUCGACUGGUAUCAGAGAUGAAGGACGGUGGACAGACGAGGACUGUGCACAUCAGCGUCCCUUUGUGUGUUAUGAUGAUAAGCUGGUUCUGAUCCGAGAGAAUAAGACGUGGACUGAAGCUCUGAGACGCUGCAGAAACAUGGACAUGGACCUGGUGUCGGUGGAUUCGGAGCAGAUGCAGCGGCGGGUGAUGAAUGUGACCGCGAGCACCUCCUCCGCUCACGUGUGGCUGGGUCUACGUCACUCCUGCACACUGGGACUCUGGUUCUGGGUCAACGGUCAGACCAUGUGCUACGAUCAGUGGGCUUCUGAUUACGACAUCGAUCUGGACAAAUGCGAUGAGACGGUGAGAUCCGGAGCCAUUCGGACCCGUGAUAAUCACUGGAUCAGCCUUCCUGAAACUGAAGAAAACCACUUCAUCUGCAUCAAGUGAGUGCUGGAGAGUCACUGAGUACAUGUGAUCCAGAUUACACAAUCAGAUUACUAAUAUUCAGU